GACUUUGUAUUAUGUAUGGAAACAGUGGUGUGUGAGCUUUUUUUCGGAUUUAAGUUGACAAAAGUGGAAAAACAUUAAGAGGCAAACUACUGGGAGGGAAAAGGAGGUCCUAUUUUUUUCUAGAUUAGUGACGGCAGAUUGGCAGAUCCCCGGUUCAGAGCAACGGACGCAACGGAGUUCCAACUAAUGUUAGCUUGGUAGCUAACUAGCUAAUAUCUGGCCGCAGGUCGACUAGGUUAACUGGUAAUACUUGCUUCAGCUAGUUAACGGCACGUUGGUUUUCACUGGCAUUCCGUUUUUAUAUGUUAUCAAUUGAAGCGGAAUCAACGUGAUUUGAGCAGGCGUAGCCUCCCGGACGCCGUCAGAGCAGCCUAUCCCAGAGGAUCCACCGUCACAGACUUGAAAUGCGUGUUAACUUGUAGCUAACGUUUAUGAGUAUUACAAUGGGCCAUAUGGUCAUUUUGGUUGCUCUGUCUUGACCGGUCAUGUAAGCUAUUUCGUCGAGACAAUUAGUUCACUUGUGACUCCUCGUCGUAGGACAGACCGAAGAGCACAUUUAAGCCGUCCGCAAAGACAGUGGGUGACCGCAGCUGAGGUUACAUCUGAGCGGUCGUCUCACUGCUGAGAAGCCCGUGUUCACACUCUGUUAACUGGCAUAGUUUUUAUCGUUGACGCGCCCUUAUGUCUGCGCCUACGCCCGCCUCAACAACAUCCUGAAGGUAGACAGGCGGACGGAGAGAGGGGAGGGAGGCAGGCAACGGCAGCUUCGGGUUCCCCGACACUCAGCCGAGACGAGGCAUCGCUGAAAUGAGAUGAGGCUCAGAAAUGGAACUGUGGCCACUGCACUCAUCUUCUUCACGUCUUUCCUCAGUCUUUCCUGGUACACGGCAUGGCAGAACGGCAAAGAGAAGCUGAUAGCUUACCAACGGGAGUUCCAUGCUUUGAAAGAGCGCCUUCGUGUGGCAGAGCACCGGACGCUUCAACGCACCUCUGAGCUCAACAACAUUCUCGAGCAAUUUCGACGAGCCAUCGCCGAAACCAACAGCAGCAAAGAUGCUCUCAUAAACUUCUCAGAUGAGACACAGAAACUGCUGAAGGAGCUCACAAAUAGGAAACCUCUACAGGUGCCAAACAUCUACCACCACCUGCCUCACCUCCUUAACAAUGAGGGCAGCCUCCACCCUGCAGUGCAAGUGGGUCUUGGACGCACAGGAGUUACCAUGGUGAUGGGGAUCCCCACAGUGAAGCGGAAGGUGAAGUCGUACCUGUCGGAGACUCUGCGUUCCCUAAUAGACAAGCUUUCGGCGGAGGAGAAACUCGACUGUGUCAUCAUCGUGUUUGUUGGGGAGACUGAGCAGGACUAUGUUCACAGCGUGGUCGCUGACUUGGAGAAGGAUUUUUCCACAGAGCUGAACUCGGGGUUGCUGGAGGUCAUUUCCCCACCUGCUGCCUAUUACCCUGAUCUAACCAACCUCAAGGAGACUUUUGGAGACUCGAAAGAAAGAGUCCGGUGGCGAACGAAGCAGAAUCUGGAUUAUUCUUUUCUCAUGAUGUACGCCGUGAGCAAAGGGGUUUAUUACGUCCAGCUGGAGGAUGACAUUGUGGCCAAGCCCAACUACUUUGCCACCAUGAAGAAUUUCGCUCUGCAGCUGUCAUCAGAAGACUGGAUGAUCCUGGAGUUCUCUCAGCUCGGCUUCAUUGGAAAAAUGUUCCAGGCUCCAGACUUGAACCUCAUAGUUGAGUUUAUUUUUAUGUUCUACAAAGAGAAGCCCAUCGACUGGCUGCUGGACCACAUUCUCUGGGUCAAAGUUUGCAACCCUGAGAAAGAUGCGAAACACUGCGAGCGACAGAAAUCCAGCCUCCGCGUUCGAUUUCGACCCUCGCUGUUUCAACACGUUGGACUCCAUUCUUCUCUUGCUGGAAAGAUUCAGAAGCUCACAGAUAAGGACUUCUUGAAGCCUCUGCUCCACAAGAUGCAUGUUAACCCUCCUGCAGAAGUCUCCACCUCCAUGAAGGUGUAUCAGGGUCACACACUGGAGAAGACAUACCUCGGAGAAGAUUUUUUCUGGGCCAUCACUCCCACUGCUGGAGACUACAUCCUCUUCAGAUUUGACAGGCCUGUUAGCAUAGAGAGGUUUCUGUUUCGCAGCGGUAACCAGGAGCACCCAGGGGACAAGAUUGAGAACACCACAGUAGAAAUACUACCUUCAUCGGAGGGCGGAUUGUUGAACAAAGACAAGUACAAGAGAACCGAAGAUCGUUUUUACAGGAUCGGUAACUUUGAGAAAGGUGUGGCAGAAGGAGCGGUAGAUCCCUCCUUCAAUCCCGUUGUGGCGCUUCGCCUGUCAGUGCUCAAAGACUCUGCUGUGUGGGCCAUCCUCAGUGAAAUACAUAUAAAGAGAAUAUCGGGAUGAUUUUUCUGAUGGAGGUACAUGAAUCACGGCCCCUGGAGAGCCAGGAUCUCCCGGACUGCUUAUGCAGGGUCACUGGCACCUAGCAACCAGCAGUGAAGCUAUUAGAGCUUAGUCGCUCGUCCCAGCUUGUCUAAGAAACGCCUCCUCUCUGUCUCUUUGUUUUUAAUGUUGUUUUUUUUGUUGUUGUUUUUUUUACCUGAUGUACUUCAUUCAUCAUUAAUCUGUUUCUCAAUCUUCCUUAGUGCAUUUAUCAAUUUGAGAGAAUGUGAAUACUACUGUCUGCUACCAAGGAUGGAGGGUGUGAGGACAUCUGCUCCCAGCUCUGGCUCUUAAAGGGAGUGUGUUGUUCAGCAGCUUUGGAAACAAUCAGAUAACUCCUGGAGGAAUGAAGUAGGGGAGAACCAGUCACCUGGCCAGUAGAGUCGAUGCUGCCAAAUCCCUGUACUUUACUCAAUGCUGCCACAUGUGGGUCAGCUGGGGCAUUGCACUCUCUCUGGCGCCUCAGCAAACCCAGUGAUGAUCAAGAAUGUUGUCCUCACUAGUGGCCAGUUGCUCUGUGUUCUCUGCAGUGAUCCAGACACGCCCCCUAGGUCAACUCUAGUCCAGACAAUUGUUAUUUCCUCACGAGUUUUAAACGUUUUUAGUUCUGAAACAAACUCGACACAAGCUUAUUGUUCCCAAAUCCAUCUCUGUGAUCAUAGGGAAGUUUAGUGGUAACUACCAGAAUCCGUGAAGGAGACCAGUUCCACCAGAACGUCAGCUGUUUCCCUCUUGUUGUCCCCCAGGCUGUGUGUGACCUCUGUGUUUAUUUAUAGUCAGUCAUUCAGACACCGCCUUGGCAACAUGUUCAGGAUGAAAUAUAUUGUUAUAAUGAUAUAUUAUUACAGCUAUGACUGACGAUCUAUGAAGGUGACUUAAUUUAUUUGAAAUAAAUCUUUAAUUUAUACAAGAGGUAAAAUAUAUUUUUAUUCUAAGAGAUGUUUAUGGUAGUUUGGUCUGUGUUUUUAUGUACUUUUUUAAAAUCUUGAAUGGCUUAUUCUGUAAAUUUUAUUUUCAUUGUAAAAACUACUUUGAAAGUUGUAACUGAAACCGUUUAUUUUCACUGCGUAAGAACGGAGUAGUUGGGAAGUUGUGAACGGCUUCCGCUGAAGAGGACGAAAGUUUCAAUCAGAGAAAUGUGCCUUAUGUCCAGAUCUCUUGAAGUUGCCCCAUCGACAUCUCUGAAAAUCACCCCUCUCAAUUUUCGACUACACAUCUGAUUGCUGGAUAUGUUAAUAAUUUAGAAAAAUGACCCACAGAAUGGGAUUGCAUGUGGAGAAUAUUUAAAUGCUAAUUGAAAGUAGUGAACAAGGUGGUUUUACCAGUUCACCAUCUGACAUAGCGAUGUUUGCACUGCUUUUUUAUUUUUAGAUCACAUCAGCCAUCUUUGUACCUCAAAUAGUUUAUUUUUUCCAAGUCCUCUUUAGAGUUGAUUUACCCAUUUUGGUUGCUUUGAAUGUACAAAACAUGACUACUGAUCCUUAGAGUGCACCACUGAAUGUACAUAUAUUUACAAUAUAUGUGUAUACUGCAACGAGCAUCAUAUUUUCUAUCACUUUUCCUUUCCCAACUUAGUGUGUUUUGUGAAUGUGGCCAAUGAUGAGUGAAAUCUAUUUGUGAUGGAAAUUUAACAGGUUUAAUAUUUUAGUAGUUUCCCCGGAGUGCCUGUUGGUAGAUUUAGUCUCAGAUUGAUUCUUGCAUAUCAUGCUUAUUAGCAUGAGCAAUUUUUUAAUGUUAAUAAAAUGUUUUAAACGAGGUUCCGUCAGGCCUGAUCAAACGAUUAACUGAAGCUGGACUCAGAUGAGUCUCUGGAUCUUUCUACUUCUCAUGCCAUUUAAAGAGGAGAACUGUAAUAUUUUGAAAGGACGUUUGACUACUACUUUGAUCAGCUUUUAUGGCUGUCUAGAUACAAGCAGGAAAUGAGUGCAUGCAAGGACAAGAAAUCCUGAGAUUUCCUUGUUCUUUUUAAGGAAAGUUAAAUCCAUAAUUUUGAGAAAGUAAAAUUAAAAUGAAUAUCUUUAUUUAAAUGUUACCAUAACCCAUCAGUUCAUGUGCCUUCCAUCGUGUUCAUAUGUUUGCCUGAUUCUAAUGUUUUAUUGGCAUAAUUUUACAUGAACAUUUUAAAAUAAAUGAGUAAAGUUGGUAGAAGUAA